AUGACUACCCACGGCACAUUCCAGAGCCUGCGCGCUCAGAUCCUCGACAACUUCUCCAUCACCAUGCCCGAGCACCUCAAGACCAAGGUCGUGCUCGCCCACCACAACAACACCUGGUGGUGCAUUGUCUACGGCAACGACAGCAAGCCUAUCUGGAAGACUGGCAAGGGCUGCGAGACCCCUGAGUUGGCUUUGCGCAAGAUGUUGGUCUCAUCGAGUGAUAUGGUGUUUGACAAGUUUCAGAAGGAUGGAUUUGGACUUGAUCCUUGA